CCCCAUUUUUGAUGGGCUCAUAGGCUUGGUGGCCUUCAACUGUCAGCGGGCCAAUAUAAAAGAGGCCCUUUAAAAUCGUAACCCUAGCUUCUUCUAUUUCUUUCUCAGACGCCGCGCAUCUCCAUCUUCUGCUUCUUCCUAUUUUCUACGGUCGCCGUGAGGAUAAACAAAAAUGAGUAGAGGGAGUGCAGCUGGCCCCAAGGGGAAGAAGAAGGGGGCAACAUUUACAAUUGAUUGCUCGAAGCCAGUGGAAGACAAGAUCAUGGACAUUGCAUCCCUAGAGAAGUUUCUCCAGGAAAGGAUUAAGGUCGGUGGAAAGGCUGGUGCUCUUGGUGAAACCGUCACUGUUACUCGUGAGAAGAACAAGAUCACUGUUACUUCUGACAGCAACUUCUCCAAGAGGUAUUUGAAGUACUUGACAAAAAAGUAUCUGAAGAAACACAAUGUCCGGGAUUGGCUGCGAGUGAUUGCGUCCAACAAGGAUAGAAAUAUUUAUGAAUUGAGGUACUUCAACAUUGCGGAGAACGAGGGAGAGGACGAAGAUUGAGAGCCUCUGGAUCAUUUUAGCCGUCAAAGAACUUUGUUUCCUUGUUUCAAAAUCCCAAGUUAUUUUGUUCUCUAGUGUUGCCAGUGUGAUGUUGUUUUUUUGUUGAAAACUAAUUCCAGCUUUAAAAUUUUGUUUAUUGAAUUUAGUAAACUUUGAAUUUACUCCUAUUGUUGGAUCAUAAUACAGAAGCCUCUACUUAUAUUUAUAAAAGUUAAAUCAUGAUUUGAUCCA